AUGUCGUCUGAUGAUGUCGUUCCUGCUGCCAAAUGUUCAGCGAAUGAUCACUUUCUACGUAAAGGCGAUGCAACAUUCAUUAAGCUCCAGGAUCUUCCCGCAACCUGGUUGUGUUUGCUUCCUCCAAAAUCAAGUUGGGUCAUUUAUGGUCGCUCAAAGAUAACUCUGCUUCAAAAGAGCGUUGUGGAAAUUUUUGGGGCGCAUAUCAAAAAUGUUUCCUCUUUGGCUGUAAGUGUGUAUGCUCCGUCUACGCAAGUUCCUAUUGAUUUGAGAACACCUUCCACUUGUGAUGUUUCCUCAAAUGAGUCGCUCUCUGAUUUGGUCUCUGAGCUUGCAAAUGUUACCAGUCUAUCACAGGAAUACUUAUGGAACAGGUUGAAUGACCUAUUCACAAGCUCGGCCGAUCUGUCUCAUUUUGCGGCUAUCGUUUUGCUUCAACCUCUUCCAUGCCCUGUCAUCGAAUCAAUUACAAAAAUGCGAUGCUUUCGAAAUUUGUUUUCCCAUCCGAUUUGUGAUCUUACCACUGACAAGCUUACCGUUGGUGGUGACACCUACUCCAUCGAAUCAGCUUCUGCCGAUGAGGGUUUUGUUGAGUCCUCGGAGAUGAUUCAUUUUUUUGAAAGAAACUCGGGAAAGUCGACACUCAUAAGACGUCUUGUCAAUCGUUUACUAUCCUUGGGUGGGUUCGGAGCCGUUGCUGUUUUGGACUUUGAUCCGGGUCAAUCAGAGUUUACGCCCUCCGGUAUGCUGAGUCUGACCAUAAUUAAGAACUUCAUUCUCGGACCACCAUUUUCUCAUGCGCUAAGCGGACUAUUCCGACCUACCAGGCAAUGUUUUUAUGGAGGAACUACACCCUCGGUUAAUCCUACUUUUUAUGUCGAGUGUCUACGUUAUGUUAUCGGAGACUUUAAAGAGUGUAUUAAAGCCCAGUGUCCUGUUAUUGUUAACACGAUGGGUUGGACCCAGGGUAAGUCCCCAAUCGGUUCUGCAGGUUUCGCAUCUUCACAAGAUCAACGUGACCUAACACUGCUUGGUCAUCUCUUGUCUGACCUUGUGGGUGCAGAAACGAGUUUGCCUGGCUCGGGGCCCUCCGGUCGCGGCGGGAUGCCGCUGGGACAUCCCACUGCUCACCUGCUUGACUGUAUACCCUAUAAAGUUCCUUUAACCCUCUCUGAAAAGCCUGAGGCUGGGCGGCCGCUUGCAAUCCAUCUCCUACACCAAUAUUCCGGUAACGCAGACACUACCCUCUACAAUCUGCCAGGCCUGGCGAACUGUCUCAACGCCACUCUCGUUGCUCUCUGCUCAGUUCCUCAGGAAAAAAUCAUUCCUCCUACUGAAUUGGGUGGAUUAACAUUACUCUCCCAGAUGCCACCCUGCGAGUGUCUCGGCUUUGCGGUUGUGAGGGCAUUAAAUCCUGACUCAGGAUUUAUCUACCUCACUACUGGUGUGCCCUUAGAAGAACUGACCAGAGUCAACGCCAUCAUACGGGGUAAAGUCAACCUUCCCCAUUCUCUGUUCACUGAGCAACCCUUAACGACAGAGGCUCUUCUCUCCUACCCAACGCAGCGGCAGCCGCGACCACCCUACCUGGGAACCGAUUACCCCAUAGGCUCUGGACGGACCGGUCUUCCCACUCGUCGUCACCAUCCUCGCGUGAUGCACCACUCACCAACAUCCCUGCGGAAUUCUGCGCAGCUCUAA